CAAACCUCGGCAGCAGCUAAGCUGCACAGUCGACAUGGCAAGCAAAUAUCGCAACAAUUUCCUAAAGAAAGAUGAAAAUCUUCCAAGUCUUUUGGAAUGAUAUUCAUCACGCGAUGUGAUCCAAAAUCCACAAUGUGUGAGAACAUUUAAGAACAAUUGAGUUCGGAAGAAAAUUUCUUGAUUCCAGUGGAAUCUUCCAUAUAUUAUAUAUAUAUAUUAUUAGAUUUUUUUCUCUGUGUUAAAGCUUACAUACAUUUACGCAUACUUGUCCCAUCAACAUAUAACCAUGCCAGUGCAAGCACCACAAUGGACAGAGUUCCUGCUGUGCCCAAUCUGCACACAGACAUUUGAGGAGACUGUUCGCCGGCCCAUCAGCUUGGGCUGUGGACAUACUGUCUGCAAGAUGUGCCUGAACAAGUUGCACCGUAAGGCCUGUCCCUUUGACCAGACAGCCAUCAGCACAGACAUCGAGCAGCUACCUGUCAACACAGCCCUGUUGCAGCUGGUGGGAGGCCAGGUUCCUAAGGCUCAGCCAGUUGCCUUGAUUACCAGUCCAGAGGACUCGCAGCAUUAUGAGGAGGCCAGGCAGUGUGUGGAGGAGCUGGCCCUCUACCUCAAACCUCUCAGCAACACCCGGGGUGUGGGUCUGAGCAGCACGGCCCAGAGCAUGCUGAGUCGACCCAUGCAGAGGAAACUGGUAACUCUGGUCCACUGCCAGCUGGUGGAGGAGGAGGGCCGCGUUAGAGCCAUGAGAGCUGCCCGCUCUCUGGGUGAGCGAACUGUCACUGAACUCAUCUUACAGCACCAGAAUCCGCAGCAGCUCUCCUCCAAUCUCUGGGCUGCUGUCCGUGCACGAGGAUGUCAGUUUCUAGGCCCGGCCAUGCAGGAGGAAGCUCUGAAGUUGGUCCUUCUUGCUCUAGAGGAUGGCUCUGCUCUGUCCAGGAAGGUGUUGGUUCUCUUUGUAGUCCAGAGGCUUGAGCCACGCUUCCCGCAGGCCUCUAAGACUAGCAUAGGCCAUGUGGUGCAGCUCCUGUACAGAGCCUCCUGCUUUAAGGUGACCAAACGUGAUGAAGACUCAUCCCUGAUGCAGCUGAAAGAGGAGUUCCGUACUUAUGAGGCCCUGCGGCGUGAGCAUGACUCUCAGAUAGUGCAGAUUGCCAUGGAGGGUGGGCUGCGCAUUGCACCUGACCAAUGGUCUUCUCUGUUAUAUGGAGAUCAAUCUCACAAGUCACACAUGCAGUCUAUCAUAGAUAAGCUGCAGACCCCGGCAUCUUUUGCUCAGAGUGUCCAGGAGCUGACAAUUGCGCUGCAGAGGACUGGGGACCCAGCCAACCUUAACAGGCUGCGGCCCCACCUGGAACUACUGGCCAACAUUGAUCCCAGUCCUGAUGCCCCCCCUCCCACAUGGGAGCAGCUCGAGAAAGGGUUGGUAGCAGUGAAAACAGUGGUGCAUGGCCUGGUGGACUUCAUCCAGAACCACAGCAAGAAAGGAGCUGACCCUCAGCAGCCUCCUCAGCACAGCAAGUAUAAGACAUACAUGUGUCGUGACAUGAAGCAGAAGGGAGGCUGUCCUCGUGGAGCCAGCUGCACCUUUGCUCACUCUCAGGAAGAACUGGAGAAGUAUCGUAAGAUGAAUAAGCGUCUGGCAGCUCGCCUCCCUGGCUCAGGAGGGCUCAUGCCAGAUGAUGGCCUUCCUCUUGAUGUAGCAGUGACCCGGAAACCUUCACCCCUCACCAAUGGCAGUGGUGCACCGUCUUUGCCUCAGCUCAUUGCCCGUGGCACCGACACAUAUGAACUGCUGCGUAAACCCAUCAAGAUGGAUGGAGGGAGCCCCAAUACCCCGGGAUCACCACCUGAUGCCCUGGACCCUGUGUCCAAACCCGGUAUGACUCUGCCACCUCAUGCCAUGGCCCACCCAAGGAUGCCACUGGACCACCUCUCUGGGGUGAAGCACAUGCCUGUGAUAGCCAGAGGUUCGCCAGUGUACCCCCAGCCACAGCUCCCUGAGAUGUGCUAUGACGCUCGCCCACCACCCUCUGCUUCUCAAUAUGAGCCCCCACAAUACCCCACAGGGUACCCCUACCAACAGCCACAACAGUAUGUUCCUCGGGAUUACAUGCGUAACCCUCCUCCACCGAGUGAGUCAGGACCCCCUUACCAGGAUCCCUACCCUGGCUACGGCCCUCCAGAGCGCCCCUACCAGGCCCCUCACUCUGGUCCACCCUUCUCCUACCCUCACCCUCCACACCAUGACCGAGGUCGCCAUGGGACCUACACUGGCCCACCACCUCCCCCACAGCCUUACCCAUCUCAGAGGGAUGGCCUGGUCAGAAUGAGCCCCGCGCCUCUGGAUGUACCUCCACCAUCAGCAGGACAGGCUAACUCACUUUACCACCAGGAGCCCAGUGCCCGUGAUAGAUACCCUCCAGAUGGUUACUAUCCACCAGGUGCCCAGCCUCCACCCAUGAGGGCUUAUGUCAGGGGGCCAUCAUAUAGUGGUUCACAGCCCAGCCUGGACUACCUGCACCGACGUCGGCAGGAGCUGUUAUCCCAGCUUGAGGAAAGGAAGGUCAUCUCCCCUCCACCAUUUGCUGCCUCCCCCACUCUUUCUCAUACCUUCCCCAGCGACUACCCUCCAGAGUAUGGCGAGGAGAGCUCCAAAACCAUGAUGAAAUGCAGAGAUCCUGACUAUGCCGGGCAAUACUCUCCCUGGUCUUGUGAAACCAUUGGCUCCUACAUUGGCACAAAGGAUGCCAAACCCAAAGAUGUUAUGGUUCCUGGUACCAUGGAGAUGAUGAAUGUGGAGGCUAAGGGUCUGAGGGAACCAUCGCUGGAGGCUCCUCGGAGGGGUGCAGAAGUCAAGGACGAUGACCCUAUUAUCCCCUUUGGCCCCCAGCCCACUGUAUCACGCUUCGGUGCCAUCUCCCGCACCCCAAAGAUGGGCUACCAGACCACAGCCCCUGUGCAGGCUAUGGUCCCCAAUCCACAGAAUCCAAACUCUAAACAUAUGGCCAUGCCAGCAGAAUACACAUAUGGAGGCCAUGGAGGAUGGGGUGGCGCUUCAUACCCCUCCCACCAGGCUGCCUCCUCCUCUCAGGGACACUUUAGUGAGCGCCUACCUAUAGCACCCCCAGAUAGAGAACAGUUAAAGAUUGAGCUGCAGCAGGUCAACCAACAGAUCACCCAACAGACCCAGAUGCGAAGCAUGGAGCCUGCCAGUAACUCUUUACUGCUGCAGAUGGAGACCAGUGCAUUAGCAGGUCAGCCUGUGCAGCCUAACCAGGGCCAGGCAGCAGCCCAGCAACAGCCCAAGUGGCCAGCAGGGGGCGCAAGUACAACAGCUGUCUCUAGUGAACAGCUAAGCCUGGAGCUCCACCAGGUGGAGCGAGAGAUUGGCAAGAGGACCCGUGAGAUGGCUUUGGAAAACCAAGUAGCCCAUGAUGUUCAGCAGUACAAGAUAAAACCUACAGAGAAUGGACAACCAGAGCACAAGACUCAGCUGGAAGACAUAUCCCUGGCUCUUGGCGAGGUGUCAAACGGCUCCAGCAGUUUGCAAGAAACUGCAGUGGGCGGGUCCAUGCUGUCACUGACCAACAAGACAUCUGCGUUGAGCCUGUGCUCUGAUCCAGGUGCCACUGGUUCAGAGAUUCAGAAGAAUGGCGUCGUCCAUUCCUGCUCUUAGGCAGUACACACACACACACACACACACACAUGCACGCACACACUCAAGAUGCUCAAUUGAAAAGCAUGCACAGGCACACAUACACCCAUUCUAUUUAGAAGAUGAGCAGUAUCUGCCGUGAUAUGAAUUUUCUUUCUUUUUGUUCUGUGAAUGAGCUUUUUUUAAUGACUUUCCUUGCCUGGAAACCAGAGCAUAUGAUAACAUUUCUCAUGUGUGUUAAUUUUUUUCUCCUUCUUUUUUUUUUGUACCGGGAUUAUAGAUUAACAAGGCUCACAAUAGAUAUAUCAGGAAGAGAAAAUGGUGGUGAUGGUGACAGUGGUAUUGUAAUUUCAUUGAAAAAGGAUAGGCCUAUUCCAUUCUUAAUAAACACAAAAACAUAGUCAAGAAAUUGAUUGAUCCUCCCCACGUAAGAUUUUUGGUUCCAUUGUACCAGCAUACAUGUAGAUAAACGGUUAGAUACAAAGGAGCAGAUUAACAAGAACUAUUACAUCACAUGCACUUUGAAGAACUUGUUGCAAUCUGGCGAUCUAUGAAGGUAUUGCAGGAAACCGCCAAAUUGUGGCGCCUGGUACUCACCCCCAGAAUCGUAAAAAAGUGCCCAGAUCUAGACGGUCUGAGGAGGGAAAAGCAGUAUAAUAUUCCACCAGUAUUCAGCUGAAAUGGAGAUGCAAGGUGUUUUAGAAAUCACUUCUGCACCACAUGCACGUCCUCACCUGCCACAAGAAGUAUGAUUUUAUUAGUGCAUUUUAUGAACACAUCAUAUGUCUGUUUCAUACUUGAAAGCGGUAUAUUAUAUAUUUAACUGAAGCAUUCUGUUUUAAAGAUUGCAACAAGUCUUUUUGAUAAUGAGCUUUCCACAUGUUUUCUAUAAGGGAAUCUAAGAUGUGCUUCUCUUGGUUGUGGUGUGACUUGAUGUGGUUUGGUUGCAAUGCCUUUCGCCUGUGCUCUGCAGGGCUGCAUUCAGUCCUAGCCGAUUUUGUUGUGAAAUUUUUAGUGGCACGCUCAAAAAUAGUUAUUUUUUUUGGGUGAGUGCACAUGAUCAGGCUGAGAGAGAGUACAUCUUUCUGCCUCAGGAGUCAGGUGAAUGAGCGUACACUUGACUUUAUAACGUCAGGGUAAAUAAGGAUUUCCCUCCUCAGAGCUUCCCAUCUGGCCACACAGAAGGCCUCCCCAUUGGGAUUAUCUUGUCAUUUGUUCUCCUAACUUCUAUGAAGUUGCCUUCCCUUGUGGUUUUUUUUGUUUUGUUUUGUUUUUCUUCAUGCUUUACGUUGUUAUGAUUUGGGGGGUGGGGCUUACCUAGUUAAGGCUGUAUAGAGCCUAGUUAAAUGCGUGUCCUCCUCUGUCAUAAAAUGGAUGAAUUCCCAGCAAACCCCAGAUUUAUCAUUUGUACUCUUAGAAAGGUAACUGUUGUAGCGUUUGUAGCUACGCAGUGCAUUUGAAAUCAUGUUUACAGCUGAGGGCAUUAGUGUUGGUUACUGAGGGGUAAACAAAAGAAAAUUUCAAAAAAGCUGUCCACAAAUAGCAGAUUUGAUAAGUUAAUUUAUAUGGCAUUGGGUAUAUUUAAGCAUUCUUAUUGGUGAGUAGUACAAUAUUCUCUUCACUCUCACUUUUUUUUUCACACCUUGAUGUCAUCAUCACCACCAUUACAACUAUUAUUGCUCUUUCUACAUCAUGUAAAUUGUUUACUGCUGAUGCUCAACAUGGAGCUCUUUGCCUUUUGUAAACAAUUAGCAUUAUGGGCUACAGUUUUACAGCUCUGCUGAGAGCGAGUGAGUCCUUGUGUUUGAACAGUUGAAGGAUAGAGGAGACGCUCUGGGUCAUGUAGUUUUAGUUUUACGCCGAGCCUUCGUUUUGGUCAGACGAGGGGUACUGAGAAACUGACAGUUUGACAAAUCCCUGAUAACUGAUGAGUCAAAUAAAUAAAGGCACAAAUAUUUUUGUGUCUGACAUCCUCAUCUGGGUUGUUUGAUGGGCUUCUCUUCCAAUUUGUCAGCGCCAUGAUAGUGGAUGUUUGGGUUUUGUCUUUAUUUCAAUUUUUCCUACCACACUUCAAGCCUCUGGCUGCUCCUCGCUACAUUUAUUGUUUAGGUACACGGCUCACUUAUACAUAUGAGUUAUGUAUACAUACAUUAAUAUACUAAAGCACUAUUAAUGUGCCACCUCUUAUUUUACGCGCUCAGCAUUUAUAUUAAAUGAUCUCUACUUAGAAUCAGCAAAAUGUUUUGUUUUUUUGUUGUUUGAUUUGUUUUCUGUCCACUGGUUGCCAACACAGACUUUAUCCUUUCCCAGACGAAGGACUUCUGUGCGCAUUGAUGUGUGUUCACUUAAUCUUUUGUGUUCAAACAAAGAUGUUCUUUAUAGACUAUGCUUCCGAAGAAGACAAAAUUCUGUAACUUUGGAAAAUUUUUGGAGACGUUUUGUGUGCUAGAUUGUAUUGUAGAAUAUGUACCCUAAGUUUUUUUCCCCUCAAAGUGUGCUGUACUGGGUGAUAGUGUUGAGAUAUUAGAAAAGUGUUGGGGUUUUUUCCCACCCCCGCCCCCAAGAGGAUAUUCAGGAAGAUGAAAGGUUGGCCUUAAAUCCUCUUGCAAUGCUCCUUUACCUUGUCUGCUUUAGGAGCAUGAGGGGUUCUCAAAAUAGUAAUUAACACUGAAUUGGCAUGACUUAGAGUCAUACAGAUGGACUCUAGUAGGACACCCCCCCCCCCGAAAAAGUCAUAUAAAACUGCAAUAAUGCAAAUCUCUGAAGAUUUGAAGCAAAAUGUGUAUUAUUUUUUAUUUUUUUAUUUUUUAGGAAAUGUUAACCUAGCUGGGUUCGUAGUUUUUUUUUUUCUUUCUUUCUUGUUUUUCGUUUCUGCAAUAGUUGAGUGAAUUUACUGACCUGCAAGUCUUAGUCUUUAAUGCAUCAUCUGACCUGAUGUGUAGUCAACAGCUAUAAGAUAAGGAGUAUCCGAGUGACAUUCACACAAUAGUUUUGUUCUUCUUUGACAACUAUAUACAAGAAAUUGCCUACCAGCUUAAUUCUGCUGUUAUAAUUCCAUGAAUUGGCAACAUUUAAUGAUGUUAAUUCAAUAUUUUGUUUCUCACUCACUCUAAGUACAAGUCAACCAAAACUAUCAUAAUGCUGAUUCUACCUGCAGGUCUGAAUGAGCCUAACUGAAAACUGACAUACAAUGAUGUAUGGGGUGGUUUACUAUAUAGUAUAUAGCAAAGAUGUUCAUUUCAAUCUCCUGUGUGUUUUUGUUUCUGAGUGGAACUGCUGCCUCCGCCCCUCAUUACACAACCAGUUAACCCCUCCACUCCCUCCCUUGACCACUGAACUCUGUUAACUGCUGUUUGAGGCUCACAUUUUAUUCCCUGACUUUCUGGGGAAAUUCGCAAAUGGCUAUUUUAUAUGAUUACUCCCUUGUAAAAUAUCUCUUAAAUUAAGGUACAGGUUUGAUUUCAGCAAGAAAAAAGAAGUUUUUAUAUGUAUAUUAUACUCCAUUAAGGAAUGUCUAGAAUUAUCUUCCUCCAAUGUGGAUGUAGCCAUUAUUACGCCAUUUUAUGACUUUGUAAGAGAAUUCACUGUGUGAAAAUUGGUUUGCAUUUUUGUAUAAUACAAUCUGCUUUUUUUUUUCAUUUGAUAUGAGAGGGAGGUCAAACUGGAAGUUUGAAGAGAGAAAAAAAUUAACCUGUGAAAUUGAGAAAACAAAGUGUAACUUAUGUACAACAGUGAUUCUAAGCUGAGGGGGAAAGAUUAAAUGAUAUUGCUAACUCUGAA